AUGAUCCUUUGUCUCAAAAUACAGCCGCAUCAAUGACCGAACCAUACAUGAUUAAUGUGGGCGGCCGCUCAUUCACUACGCUCAAGUCUACACUUGAACGAUCACCAUUCUUAAACGCAAUGCUCUCGAAUCAGUGGGCUGGGAGUACUUGUUACGUUAGCGGGAUGCCUUUCGUCGAUCGAAGUCCCCUUCUAUUCGAACAUAUCCUAGACUUCUUACGAAGCUCUGUACCUCCAAUUUUCUGGACUCGAACAAAUGGCUUUGAUCUGCCUUUAUAUGCGAGCUUAAUCCAUGAAGCCGAGUAUUUCCAACUCGAAGCGCUUACUACUUGGAUUCGAAAUGAAGAGUACAUCAACACAAUUUUAAUCACCUCAUCUAUAGAUGUAAUACCAUUGAGGGAAUGUAGUGAUGGAAAGUCGCAUCUGGGCAACAUCGAGCAAGAGUUCGAACCUGGGGAAGUAUCGACUGCAUCCAGAUCUGGCAAAUCUACGACUUAUUGCAAACGACUCCUCCUACGGAAGAGUAGAUUGCGACUUCCUGAAAUUCUCUGAUUUGAUCAAUGACCUUAAGAUACUCCACUGCGUUUAUAGAAUGACAGGAGCAGGUACUACUAAGUGCUAUCAAAGGUAAAUAUUUUCUCUGAAUAGAGUGGCCGUGAUGAAAGGAAAAUAAGGCCGUAAGCGCAAGACGCCUGCAACAGAAUAAAGAGAGGCGGGUCUUUGAGCGCUCAAGGGAAGAAGUCGAGCAAGCAAAUUCUAUGACGAUGUCAUAGGGAGCUCCAGUAUUGGAGAUGCAUUCAUGUUAGGAAUAACAAUGUGCUUCAUGGAUAAAUAACGUUACUUAGUCUGAGCGAACUAAGAGACAAUCAUUCGCCACGUGAUUGAACAUG